AUGGAUUUUGAUACUAAUGAAGAUGUCAACGGGAUUCGUUUUUCUUGGAAUGUUUUCCCCGCAACCAGAUCGGAUGCAAACAAAAAUGUAGUUCCAAUUGGAUGUUUAUACACUCCACUAAAGGAAAGAGAAGACCUACCACUUGCUAGCUACAAUCCUGUUUUAUGUAACGGUCCCCAGUGUAAAUCUAUUUUAAAUCCAUAUUGUGAAAUUGAUUUAAGAACAAACACUUGGAAUUGUCCAAUUUGUAAAAUUAGAAACCAUUUGCCAAGUAGUUAUGCUGGUAUCACCCAAGAGUCGUUGCCUGCAGAACUAUUGAACACCACAAUUGAAUAUAUUACCAACAAAGCUGUUCAAGUCCCACCUAUCUUCUUCUUUGUUAUUGACUUAACUACUGAAGAAGAAAAUUUACAAGCCUUAAAAGAUUCCAUUGUCUCUUCUCUAUCUCUUUUACCUCCAAACGCUUUAGUUGGUUUGAUCACAUAUGGAAAUACAGUUCAAUUGCAUGAUUUAUCCUGCACUUCAAUAGACAGAUGCAAUGUUUUCAGAGGUGAUAGGGAAUAUGAGUUAUCUCAGAUCAUCGAAUUGUUAACUGGCGAAAGGGCCAACCCUGCUAAAGCUUCAUUACAACAACAACAACAAGGUUUGGGAAAGAUCACACCAUAUUCUUUGAAUAGGUUUUUUUUGCCACUAGAACAAAUUGAAUUUAAAUUAACUCGUUUAUUGGAAAAUUUGAGACCAGAUCCAUGGAAUGUUGCUAGUGGCAACAGACCUUUGAGAUCCACUGGUUCUGCUUUGAACGUUGCAUCUUUACUUUUGGAAGGUUGUUUUAAAAACUGUGCUGCCAGAAUCAUAUUAUUUGCUUCUGGUCCAGCCACUAUCAACCCAGGUUUAAUUGUAGAAAAAGAAUUGAAAGAUCCUUUAAGAUCGCAUCAUGAUAUUGAUACUGACAAUGCUAAACAUUACAAGAAGGCUUGUAAAUACUAUAAUGGUUUAGCCGAUAGGGUUGCUACUAACGGACAUACCGUUGAUAUUUUUGCUGGGUCGUAUGACCAAGUUGGUAUUUCAGAGAUGAAGGAAUUAACCGAUACUACUGGUGGUGUUUUGUUGAUGACAGAUGCCUUCAGUACUGCGAUUUUCAAGCAGAGUUACAUGAGGUUUUUUGGCAAAGAUGAAGAUGGCUAUUUAUUGAUGGGGUUUAAUGGUGUAAUGACGAUUAAAACCAGUAGAGAUUUAAAGAUUCAAGGUUUGAUUGGCCAUGCUAGUGCUGAAAGAAAAAUUGAGUCUUCUAAUGUAAGUGACUCUGCCAUUGGAUUAGGUGGUACCAGUACUUGGAAAAUGCCUUCUCUCUCUGCUCACCACACUUAUGGGGUAUUUUUUGAAAUUGCCAAUACUUCUGGUACAACCGGUGCUAUGGGUUCUUCUAAUUCUCUAGCAUACACCCAAUUCAUUACGUCUUAUCAGCAUGCUAGUGGGUCGCAUCGUAUUAGGGUUACGACGGUUGCUAACCAAUUGUUGCCAUUUGGUUCACCUGCAAUUGCUGCAUCAUUUGACCAAGAAGCUGCCGCUGUAUUGAUGGCUAGAAUUGCUGUUUACAAAGCCGAGUCUGAUGAUGAUGCUGAUGUUAUCAGAUGGGUUGAUAGAACUUUGAUCAAGUUGUGCCAAAACUAUAGUGAUUACAACAAGGGCGAUCCAUCUUCUUUUAGAUUAUCUCCAAAUUUUUCACUAUAUCCUCAAUUUAUGUAUUAUUUGAGAAGAUCUCAAUUUUUAAGUGUUUUUAAUAACUCUCCCGACGAAACUGCUUUCUAUAGACAUGUGUUUACUAGAGAGGAUUGCACCAAUUCAUUGAUUAUGAUUCAGCCAACUUUAACUUCUUUUUCAAUGGAAGAUGAACCACAACCUGUUUUGUUAGACUCUGUGUCUGUUAAACCAAACACUAUUCUGCUAUUGGAUACCUUUUUCUAUAUUUUGAUUUAUCAUGGUGAACAAAUCGCUCAAUGGAGAAAGGCUGGAUUUCAAGAUGAUCCACAAUAUGCAGAUUUUAAAGCACUAUUGGAAGAACCUAAAUUGGAAGCUGCUGAUUUGUUGGUUGAAAGAUUUCCAUUACCAAGAUUCAUUGAUACUGAAGCUGGUGGCUCUCAAGCUAGAUUUUUAUUAUCUAAAUUGAAUCCUUCUGAUUCCUAUCAAGAUGGUUUUGCUAGCAACGGUUCUACCAUUGUUUUAACUGAUGAUGUUUCCUUACAAAAUUUCAUGCAACAUUUGCAAAAUGUUACCGUCAAUGGACAAAGCUAG